GGGUGCCUUAGCAUCAAAAUGUGCUCUAAAACUAGAUAAAUAAAUAAUUAAGAAAGGACGAUUUUCUUUUAAACAAAUUCUUGUGUAAUUAAAAUCAUCUAAAUCAUACCCAUCUUCUUAUCUUUCCAUUUGUUUUUCUCUUUUUCGCACUUUCUCUCCUAUAUCAUUUGCUUUCCUCUUAUUAAAACCCUAAUCCUUUCCAGUCUUAGCCAAUUUUAAUUUUUCUGCCAGCAAGAACCGCUCGAAGACAAAAACUUAACGCAAAGGAUCAUAGCUGAGCUGAAGAAAUAAUGAAGAAGCCAAUUUUAUUAGGAACUUCAACGGUAACAAGCAGAACGCCAUGUUGCAGCAAAGUUGGGAUAAAGAAAGGGCCAUGGACCGCGGAAGAAGAUGAAGUCUUGGCUAAUUACAUCAAAAUAGAAGGCGGAGGAAGGUGGCGAACCUUGCCUAAACGAGCUGGUUUACUUAGUUGUGGGAAGAGUUGCCGUCUCCGGUGGAUGAAUUAUCUCCGACCCACCGUCAAACGAGGUCCUAUUGCUCCUGAUGAAGAAGAUCUUAUUCUUCGUCUUCAUCGCUUGGUCGGAAACAGGUGGGCAUUGAUAGCUGGGAGGAUUCCGGGACGAACAGAUAAUGAAAUAAAGAACUACUGGAAUACCCAUCUAAGCAAGAAUUUAAUCAGCCAAGGAAUAGAUCCAAGAACCCAUAAACCAUUGAACCCUGUUAGCCAUGGUUCAUCACAAGCUAACCAGGAUGAUGAUGAUGAUGUCCCAGAAUCAAACCCUAAUCCCCCAAGCUCCUCCAAAUCUUCUGAAUUAAUGGGAGAAAAAACUAAUUCCAUGGCAACUACUAACCUGGAAUCUCAUCAGAUAUAUCAACACCAACAAGAGGUUGGUGAUGAUUGUAUGGGGCAGCCAAGCAGCAGCGGGAACGGGGGAGACUUGGUUGAAAAUGGCAACGAAGACCAUAUGUUCUCUUUGUUUCUGGAUUCUUUGAUUACCGACAAUCAGCAGCAGCAGCAGCAAUCUAAUAAUGGCGACCUUUGGGAAGCUGAAAUCAUGUCUCCAAUGGUGGAGUUUGGGAACCCCCAAAACUACUUCAAUCAUCACCAGCAGCAUCCUUAG